UUUCUAGUUACUACAAAUAAGUGCUGCUGCAUUCAUGAGAGUUUUUGUCAUAUUUAUUUUUCUACACUCAGUGGACUCGCUAGUGGUUGCUAACUACGUGACCGCAACUUAGCUUACAGACAAGAGGCAGCAAGCGCACAGUGAUGUCUGCUGCACCUAGCAAGGCGAUUCCCCUUAUUAUUUUAUUUGAAACGUCUGCCCCCUUUUAUUGGUGACUUUAUUGCAAGUGAUUAUGCAAAUUAUUAUAAACAUGCACGCUACCAUACGGCAACUUUCAAUUGAACCGCUGUUUUUUGUAAUUGGUGUGUGACGAUUUAAUGGCGUGACGUUUACUUGUUUUUAACCCUGCCAGUCGACUCAUCUUGACUGAAUCACAAUAUUUUGAGAAGAAAGUGAAAAGGGACACAAGUCCAGCAUUGGAGCAAUUCCUGUGUCAUGUUGCCAAGACGGGGGAAUCACUGAUCCCAUGGCCACAAUUCAAAUCCUACUUCAUGUUCAAAUUGGAGAAGGUCAUAGAUGAUUUCCAUGCAUCCACACCAGAGCAGAGAGGCCCUCACAAUCCCAAUGUCGAACAUGUUCCCUUUGAGGAGAUGAAGAACAGGAUCUUAAAAAUAGUUGACAGCUACAAUGGAAUCCCAUUCACCAUUCAGCGUCUAUGUGAACUGCUCACCGACCCUAAGAGAAACUAUUCUGGAACAGACAAGUUCCUCAGGGGUAUAGAAAAGAAUGUAAUGGUAGUCAGCUGUGUGUACUCGACAUCAGAGAAAAACAGGGCAUCCAGUUCCAACAGAAUGAAUGGAGUAAUGUUUCCUGGUAACUCACCUCUAUGCUCAGACAGUCGAAAUGUAAACGGACCAGGCAUGCCGACACUGCUCAACAGACCCAAGCUUUCAUUGUCGCCAUCACUUUCCACCAAUGGCCUACCUGAGUGUGAAGUCAGCAAGGAGCCCAUCACAGAGGAGGAGGAGGAGGCGGAGCAUCACAUCAGCAGCGAUGGUUCACUCAUGGGAGGUGAAAUAACGCCACGCACCAGGACAAAGAAUAAACAUCCUGAGGAUGAUGCCGAGGACUCCGAUGCUGAGAAGCACAACAGCAAGAGGCUAAAGGUUGACAAAAAGCAGGAGGAGGGUGACACAAAAUGUGAAAACAAGGAAUACUCGCGUAAAGGCACAGAUAACUCUUCACCGGUGCCAGAAUCUUCAGAAGACUCUUGCGGUCAAGCGCACAAAAGUGAAGCAUCUUCACAGUCUAUCUUAGAGGAUCCAGGGCCCAGUAGCUCACAGACAGGAUUACCUGAAAAAGAGGCAGCCGAAAGGGAGGAGGCCCAUCUUCUUAACCAUGACAUCACCGUGGACCAACCUGAGAGACCACAACAUGAGAAUACACACUCUGAGCAAGACACUGAGGACAGCAGCAGCAGCAUCAGUGACGGAGACUGCCUGGCCAGCAUCAAGCUGGGCCUCUCCUCUUCUGGUAAUUCACCCAACUUGUCAACAGGGGGCGAUGCAGAUAAUUCAAAUUGCACAAAGACUGACACAGAGUCAGGGCAAAAUGACUAAUGCAAGCCUGACAACACAACUGACUCUUGACACUGUAUAAUACCACACCAAGGAACACUGUAGCACUGUGGAACUCUAGGCUCCAGCAGAAGGAGCGAUGGGGACCUGGAGGUUCCUCACAAGAAGGAACGUUUGUCCUCCUUCAGUUUGAGCUGGUAAUGGACACAUUUCAGCUGGUCUCAGUAUUGGGUGUUAGGAAGGAAAUUAUGGAGACAGUGUUUUCAAAGUUUACUGCUUUCAAAGCUUUUUUUUCCCCCCUCUGAAUGUUAAAACCAGACCUUGAUGAUUUAGCACUUACAUGAGCUGUGUUUCAGUAACAUCAUUGGCAUGUAUUUCUAAACCUACAUUGACAGCCUGAGUUGUUUUAGUCUAACCGUAGUUGUUUUGACAGGAAGAAUGAUAUCAAGAACGUGUCUCUCCAGAUGGUCAAGAACAUCUGGCUCCCCUUCAUUUUUUUUUUCUAUGAAAAACAUAACAUCAAGUAAAUUUGUAUUAAUAUUGCACUAAUUCCUUGAAGGAUAGUGGACAUAAAACAAAAAACUGCAGUUAAGUGAAUAAGUUUCCUGUUGUGACUCGUUGGUUUUAGAGUACAGUAUUUGUAUUUCUGUAAAGAGAACACAAAGUACCUUUACUGUUCUUCCCUCUAAUCACAUAGGUAUACCCAUGCCUCGUUUUUGAGAGCUCUGGUUUUUUACAAUACAUGCCUGUGAAUCCAUUUUUGUAGACUUGUAAUACACAUUCACUUGAGAAAGUAAAAAUAGUUGGAAAAUGAAUGCUUCUUUCAUUGUAUUCAUGGAAAGCAAUAAAGCCUAAAAAAAC